CUGAUCCUUCUUCCGGCGAUAUUCUCGUUUGGUCAAGGUCGGUUACCGUGCUUGCGUAAGAUAGAUUGGCUAUUCAUUGUUUCUUUCCGGGUCUCCUCUCCUGGGGUUUUGUCCGGUUGACUCAGGAAAAAACGGCCGCUUUGUUUCCGCUUUUCCGGGCGCUAGAUUAGCGGCUAUUUUUCUGGACAAAUCUGUUGUUUAGUCGCCUUGUUGAGUGCUGAGGUGGUGUUGGACGGCAAGAUUAGAUUAGUAGCGGGUGGAUCACAGCCAGGUCCUCACUGAUUGGAGGCCCAGAUCUGGGGUUUGUUUCUUCCGGCGGCGGUCUUAUAUGUUGUGGAGUUAUUUCUGCUUUUAGUAUUGUAUUAAUUGGAUUGAAGGAUUAGCACCGAGUGAUGGCGUGCGCGUGCUUCUUUAGGUCUGGGAAUCUUACUCUUGUGUCCCGAAAGUUUGCAACUUUGAUUAUUCUGCACGCCAUUGCGAGGUGGAAAGGCAUUAUUCUUAUAUGCUCAUUCGCUGCGCAUCGAGUGCGCUGUGAACUGGGAGAAGUUGGCACCGCAACUGGACAACUUGUGCUGUGAAUAAUGGCGGGUUCCGUUGGUCUUAGGAAUUAGGAUCCUGUCAUUCCAAGAACAAAGCUGGUGAGUGGUGACUAGGAUGCCUCUAUGAUGUGUGAUUGGGUAACUUAUUGUUCAUGGAAUAUUGUGGUACUUGGAUAAAUCUAGAGUUAUCUUUCCGGCAUAUUCGAUUAAUACUUUGGGCACAGUCUGUAGGUUGUCCACUUCAGAAUAGUUACAAUUCUGAGCAGCACUGGUCACAUUUUCGAUGUAAAGGAUAAUUCCAAAUAAUGUGAUUGAGCAAAUCAUCAAAUUGUGGAUGUUUGCCUUGUGGGGGAAUUCUGGAAGGUCAAAGAAGAUGGCUGAACUUGACACAUUCCUUUUCACAUCCGAGUCCGUCAAUGAGGGACACCCUGAUAAGCUCUGUGACCAGAUAUCUGAUGCAGUGCUUGAUGCAUGCCUAGCUGAGGACCCUGACAGCAAGGUUGCUUGUGAGACCUGCACUAAGACCAACAUGGUCAUGGUCUUUGGUGAGAUCACUACCAAAGCCAAUGUUGACUAUGAGAAGAUUGUCAGAGAUACUUGCCGUGGUAUCGGUUUUGUGUCCAAUGAUGUAGGGCUCGAUGCUGAUCACUGCAAGGUGCUUGUCAACAUUGAGCAGCAGUCACCUGACAUUGCACAGGGUGUCCAUGGCAACUUCACCAAGCGCCCCGAGGAUAUUGGUGCUGGUGACCAAGGGCACAUGUUUGGAUAUGCUACUGAUGAGACCCCUGAAAUGAUGCCCCUCAGCCAUGUUCUUGCAACCAAGCUUGGUGCUCGUCUCACUGAGGUCCGCAAGAACGGGACCUGCCCGUGGUUGAGGCCUGAUGGGAAGACCCAGGUGACUGUUGAGUACCACAACGACAAUGGGGCCAUGGUCCCUAUUCGUGUCCACACUGUGCUCAUCUCCACCCAACAUGAUGAGACUGUGACCAAUGAUGAAAUUGCUGCUGAUCUGAAGGAGCAUGUCAUUAAGCCUGUCAUCCCUGAGCAGUACCUUGAUGAGAAGACCAUUUUCCAUCUCAACCCAUCUGGUCGCUUUGUCAUUGGUGGACCUCAUGGUGAUGCCGGCCUCACUGGCAGGAAGAUCAUUAUUGACACUUAUGGUGGCUGGGGUGCCCAUGGUGGUGGCGCUUUCUCUGGCAAGGACCCAACCAAGGUCGACCGCAGUGGAGCCUAUAUUGCAAGGCAAGCGGCCAAGAGCAUUGUGGCUAACGGCCUUGCCCGCCGCUGCAUUGUCCAGGUCUCAUAUGCCAUUGGCGUGCCUGAGCCGCUCUCAGUGUUUGUUGACACAUAUGGCACAGGCAAGGUACCCGACAAAGAGAUCCUGAAAAUUGUGCUGGAGAAUUUUGACUUUAGGCCAGGGAUGAUCAUCAUCCACCUUGACCUGAAGAGAGGCGGAAAUGGACGCUACCUUAAGACGGCGGCGUACGGGCACUUUGGCAGGGACGACCCGGACUUCACCUGGGAGGUGGUGAAGCCCCUCAAGUGGGAGACGCCUUCAGCCUGACCAAAGACUUGCAGCCAGCUCCAUUUCUGAACCUUUUAUCCAUCAAGUUGUGAUGUUACUGCUGAUAGUAUACCCAUCACUACAAAGUUUCCCAGUUUCUCUACUCACUGCUCUAGUAGCAGAUGUGUGAGGGAUAUCUUAUGCAUGAUGUUUUCUCUUUAAGGAGCUUGUAUUGUGGGUUUGCAACGCCUUCUUUUCCUUCUCCUGUAAUGUCGAGCCAAAGUUGGAAACUACCUAAGAAAUGAAACUUCCUACUUUUUGCGCUUUGACCUGUUUGCA